AUGGAUGAUGCAACAGUGGCGCAGCUGGUGGCUUCGACUUCCGCCAGUGCCGAGGCGAUAGCAGAGGUGGCCAAGGCCUUGAAGCUGAAGUUUGGUGAGGAGAAACGUGACCGUUUCUCUGAGGCCUCAAAGGUGGUGAGACAGCCCGAUGUUUUCUCUCCUGCCACUCCUGAGGAGGAGUUGAGCCAAUGGCAGGACUGGAAACUCAGUUUCCAAAGCUGGCUGACAUAUGCCCAGACUGAGUUCGAGAAAGACUUUAAGGAGGCUGAAAGCUCAGAAGGCCCCAUGGACUUCGUGGAGAUGACCCCGCAGCAGCACGAGAGAGCAGAGAAACUCCAUUCAAUACUGGUUGGAGUCCUACGCAACCGACCCUUGAAGAUACUUCGAAGUGUUGAAGGAAGAAAUGGAUUGGAGGUGUGGCGGCAGCUCACCAUGCAGAUGCAGCCCCGCACCCGUGCCAGAUCGAUAGCGCUACUUCAAGCGUUUCUUGGACACCCACCUUUCAAGAAGGAGGGCAUCCUGGAGCAGAUCUUGGGUCUUGAGCGUUUAGCUGAAGAGUAUGCCCAGGUUAGCAAGGAGGAGAUGAGCGACAACACCAAACUCUCGGUGCUCUUGAGGGUGGUACCUUCUCAACUGCGUCAACACUUGCAGUUGCAGAUGGAUGACAAGUCUGACUAUGCUUCGACAAGGGAGCGGGUGUUGGCCUAUGAGAGGACAACCACUUCAUGGACGUCGAGCACUGUGUACCGGGAGCUUGACAUCAAGAAAGAGGAGAAGCACGACGAGGCAGUUCCUAUGGACGUGGAUCGCGUCAAGGGCAAGAUGAAGGGCAAGCAGAAGGGAAAACACAAAGGUGGCAAAGAUGCUAAAGGCAAAGGAAAAUGGAAAGACAGCGGCAAGGUGAAGGGCAAGGACAAAAGCAAGUCAAAGGACUAUGGCAACUAUGGAAAAGGGGCAGACAAUCGUGGCAAAGGUAAGGGAUUGCCGUCUGAUGUCUGCAAACUAUGUGGUGGCCGAGGGCAUUGGUCUAGAGAGUGCCCGGUGAGGAACUUGCGCCAGGGGCGCAGCAGCAUGGAAGUGGUGCACGGAGUUCAAGGCCCUGGCACCACAGCAGUUCGAAGAGUGACCUACUUCGACUUGGAUGAGACGGCCACGGUGGAUGAGCCCUACAUCAGAACGGUAGCUGCAGAGGAGACCUAUGACAUGACGUAUAGUGACUCUGAUAGCGAUUGGCACCUUUGUGAGGAAGUUCAACAUGGUGGUGAGGUCUACUUCGAGGACUUUACCAACGCUUCUGUGGAGCCCUAUGGCGAGAUGGAUGGAGGUUCAAGGCCCCAUGCAGAAAUCAGAGGAGUCCAGCUGUCCAAGGAAGUCCACAUCAUCCUUGACAGCGGUGCAGAUAUGUCGGUGCUUCCUAUGAGCUAUGGCACAACAGGGAAAGCUCUACGUCAACGCAGCGUUCUACGGGAUGCUCAAGGACAUCUCAUGCCUGGUGGUUCCUUGCGCCAGGCUGUCAUCGAGAUCGAGGACGACAAUGGCAAUGUGGCACAGUUGAAGGAGACAUUUGCUUUGUCAAAGGUGUCUGAACCUUUGGUGGCCCUGGGAAAACUCUUGAAGAGAGGUUGGAAAGUUGAGGGCGACGGCAAUGACGUCAAGUUGGCCUAUGGAGACUUCUCCAAGACCAUUGGUUUCAGGAGCAACAGUUUGUCAACGGUGGCAACAAUUCGAAUGGUGGAGGUGCCUCAAGCAGCAGUUCGAGCUGUGACCAUGACCUUUGAAGGUAUGAUGGUGAACCUACUCACAGUUCCUGGAUGGCAUCUGUCUUUGGAUAGGAAGGUUCCUUUUCUGGUGGUCAUGAAUUCAAAGAAUUAUCAUGACUCCUUCCCACAGUUCCAGCGCACAGACUUUCCUUUUCGAACAACCAUGGUGCUGAAGGACAAGGUUUGGGAAGUUGUGGAAUGGGCUGAACAGUCCAGCCAUGAGGAUGAGAUCGAGGAGUGCAAUGGUGACACAACAACAGUGGUGACAUUCUUCCAUCAACAGCCUGUUGAUGUGAUGGCAGUUGGCAUCGUGAACACUGGUGCCGACGAUCCUUUCUUGCAGCCCAAGGUGAGAGAGGAUGCACCCAAAGGUAAGGACGUCAAAGAUAGGCAGGGCUUUGGAUGGUAUGGCAGGUCUUUGGAAGAUGGAGUCUACGAAGUGGAGGACUCUGACGUGGAAGUUGGCCCACAACAUGACACAAGUGAAGGUGACCCUGUUCAUCGAGAAGUUCCAAAGCAUGCAGAAGGUGAUGAGCCUGAGGAGAUCGAGAUUGAGGGUGUGAAGUACACUCCAACAACAACCCUUUCGAAGAUGAGGAUUGGUUUGAAGAUGUGUGGAUUGCCUAAGGGCAGAAGCAAGGCUGAUGCGUGGAAGCGCUUGGUGGAACAUCAUAGGCAUUUUGCCGAGAACCUGGCAGUGGAGUUGGCACAACGUGAGUUUGAGCGACAAAGAGCUGGAGAAGGUGGAGAUGAUGCUCGACCACAACAUGUGCCCAGGCUUCCAACAAAGGCUGAGAGACAGAUCCAUGAGCUGACACAUUGGCCCUACGCAGACUGGUGUCAGAGCUGUGUGGCGUCGAGAGCAAAGUCUGACCCACAUCGUCGCCAAGGAGCUCUGCGAGAUGAGACAAAGUCUGAGUACCCAAUUGUCUCCAUGGACUUCUGCUUCACUCGAAGCUUGGUGGAGGCCAAUGAGGAAGACAAGGAAGAUCUGAGACGCUAUGGAGGUGAUGCACGUGGAGGAGUUUGCCUGGUCAUCACUGAUGAUUGGACCCAUGGAGUUCUUGCAGUCCCAACUCCUGGAAAGGGAAGAUCCCACGUGAAGUACUUGGCUGAGCAGGUGGUGCGCUACAUUGGGUCAUGCGGUUUCUCUUCAUGCACGAUGAAGGCCGACGGUGAGCCUGCAAUGAGAAUGUUGCUGGACGUGGUGCAGAAAUGCCGGCAACGUGACAGCCAAGCCAAUGGAAGGAUUGAAAGAGAAAUCCAAACGGUGAGAGGUCUUGCAAGGACGUUGGUGAAUCGACUUCGAGAAGGAGCUGGCAUACAGAUCAACGUGAUGGGACCCAUAUUCCAAUGGGCACUUCGGCAUGCAGGUUGGCUCAUUAGCCAUUUCAGGCGUCACAAUGGGAGCCCCACAGCCUACGAGAUGGUGACUGGCAGGAAAUUUCAAGGAAAACUUGCCAUCUUUGGAGAACGAGUUCUAGCUCGACUACCUGGUGGCAAUGGAGAUGACAAGUUCAGACCAGCAGUCUGGCUGGGGAAAACGGACAGAGCAGAUUUCCAUGUGGUGGCAACAAGUGACGGCCUACGGUGGACACGCGCUGUAAGGCGUAUGCCUGUAGCUUUCGAAGCAGCCGUACUCAACAAUGUGAGGACCUGGCCUUGGAGUGUUGCUUUUGGCCAGAUUGGGACGAAGGCAACCCCCUUGAUCACCAAGAAUGAGAACGUGGCUCUACCACCUGAUCUUUCUGUACCUCUUCGACUUCAAGAACGACAAGAUCGACGACAAGCACGACAGGCACAGCAGUCAGGUGGAGGCCAACAAGCACUUGAAGAUGGAGAUCAAGGACAGGCAGGGCCAGACGAGGCAGCUUCUGACCCAACAUCAAAAUCUUUGUCAGCAAGCCCAAGUUUCUUGAGUAUGAGUUCGGCAAAGGAGAUCGAUGACGACACCCUUUUGGAGGACUUGGUUGUGGAGGUGAAGAAGGACAAGAACUAUGCUGAUGAUGUUGAAACAUCUCCCAAGCGUGGUGGUGAAGCGUUUGGGGAAGAGGAGCAAAGUCCAAGCAAAGCCGCAAGGGUGAUGCUAAAGAAAGCUAUGAGGUUUUCAGAAGGAGAAGGAAGAGAACAACCAACAUCGGCGUUGAGUGCAAGUUCAACAUCUGGAGCUGGUGGAGAAGCUCAACCAGCUGGUGACCCACAGGUGAGAGUCGUCGUGGCCGGUGAGCUUUUGGAGGAUGGUGACAUGGAUAUGGAAUUCCCUGAUCGCCCACCAGACCUUUCUCCAGAUGAGUUGACUGAGGUUGAGAAUCAAGCAGCAGAGCUGGAGAUCAAACGUCUCAUCGACAUGGGAGUUCUUCGAACACCUCGAGCUGGUGAAGAUCUGUCAAGCACCCCUACCUUGACAACACGGCUAGUUUGUGACUGGCGAGUACGUGAAGGGACUUGGCAGAGGAGAGCAAGGCUAGUUGCAAGAGAUUUCAACUGGCUGGAUCCCAACAGGAGUGACACUUUUGCUCCAACGGGCACCCAAUCAACAAUGCGUUUGGUGCCUGCUUUGAGUCAGCUGAAACAAUGGAAAAUGAUGGUGGCGGACGUGAAGGACGCAUACCUCAACUGCGAGCAGCCAAAGAACGUCAAGGUGGUCCUUGGAGCAGACUUGGCAAGUCGACUUGGUGUGGCACGUGAAUGGAUGCUGGGAAAAGUUCUACCAGGACAACGUGAAGGAGCAGCUGUGUGGUUCAACACCUUGAAGGCUACACUCAAGGAUGGUGGCCUACUUCAGUGUGCUGAAGCUCCAACAGAGCUAGAGAAGGUCGAGGCUUUUCUCAAGAAGAAGUUCCAACUGAAGGUGGAGAGCGGUACACAGCUGAGUUUCUUGAAAAGAAGUAUCGAGGUUGUGGACGGUGUCACAAAGGUCAAGGUGAACGAGAAGUACAUCGAGGGCUUGGUGAAUUUGUUUCCAGGUGUCAAAAGACGCAAAACACCAGGUGACAUCAUCAUCGACAACGAGCCCUUAACCAAUGACAUCGACAUCCAGAAGUACAGGAGCGCAGUGGGGACGCUGUUGUAUGUGUCUGGGGACAGGCCAGACACCCAAUUCUUCAUCAAAGAGUUGGCGGCAAAACUUCAAGUUCCAACUCGUGGCUCAAUGAGCAGUUUGCUCAACCUGAUUGGUUACAUGGUGACGACCAAGGACAUUCAUGUGGAGAUGACAGGUACAGAUCCUGGUCGAAGUUUCAGGUAUCGAGCUGAAGGGUUGACCACAGCCCCUACCUACGUGGAGAAGGACGGCAUUUGGUUGAUCGAGGUUGCGACAGACAGCGACUGGAGCGGCCACAAAGAAACAAGAUCAUCUACCAGUUGUGGAAGCAUGUACCUUGGAGGUAUCUGGAUCCACUCAUAUUCCAGAACCCAGAAGAACAUCACUCUCAGUUCUUCUGAAGCCGAAUUUGUAGCGUUGGUUGGUGGUGCGUCAGAGGGCCUGUUCAUCAAAGCAGUGGUGGAACACUUGGUGGACGGCAAAGUGGAGCUGAAGGUGCUGGGAGACAACACAGCAUCAAUUGCAAUUGCAGCCCGAGAUGGAGUCUGCAGACUGAAGCAUGUUUCAGGACGAUUGCUUUGGAUUCAGCAAAGGCAACAACGAGGUGAACUUCAACUACGGCGCAUCGACACCGUGACCAACGUAGCCGACAUGGGAACAAAAGUUUUGGCUGGAAGGAGAGUGAGGAUGUUACUACAUCUUUGUGGUUUCCAAAACGAUUGGGGAGAUCUUGGUGUGGCUGAGUUUGAGGAGGAGAAAUACAAGAAGGACGCGCGGGAGAAGAUCAAGGCGGUGAGGAAAAUCGUUCAUGCAGAGGUGCUGGACACACCGACCAGAGAAAACAGCACCCUGGUGAACCAAGUUGCAAAGCGUCUCAUGCGAUUGACGCUUGGCGCCUUACUUCUUAGCGGUGGUGAAGCCUUGAGCCUUCCACAUCAAAGCAGUGCUCAAUGCUUGGUGGCUAUGGACACUACAUCAUCCAGUUUGCCAUGGACAACAACUAUGUUGGUGACCCUGGUCUUCAUCUUGGUGGUGACGAUCAUUGUGCUUAUCAAGAUCAUGCAUGUCAUGCACCUGAGGAUCGAAGCAACCCGGGAGGCAAUGGACUGGGUGAGACAACAACUUCGACAAAGUCGAGACCGUGUGAGGAUUCGAAACGAAGAGCAACAAAGGCUUGGAGUGUGGUUGGAGACUGACGACGAGGAGGAUUCAGAUGUACCAGAUCAAGGUGGAGGCAGUGAUGGAGAAGACCCACAUGUCAACGGACGGGUAGCUCACAUACGUCGCAUGACCAAGGAGGAGUUCUACAACGGCUCAGAAGAAGAGAUGGAAUCAGAAAUGGAAGAAGUGGAGGUUGAAGUUGAACCUGAAAGUGGUUCUGCAGGGGCGGCUGGUUCAGCUUUGGCACCUGCAGCAAGUUCGAUGGUGGAGAACGACUUCGACUUCGACUUUGACAGCAUCUCUAUGUCUGGUGCAAACCUUGGUGGAGGCGAUGAUGGCUAUGUGAGUCAGAAUGACAUGGAGCAGGAAGAAGAGGAGGACGAGGUCGAUACCGACUAUGGAUCGUUGGUUGGCAUCGACGAGGACUUCAGUGUCUUCGAGAACUUGGACAGCAGGGAGUACGAUGACUAUCGUUUCCUACUUCUUGCUGAAGGACGUGGAGUCGAGGACUAUAUCAUCAAGAAGCUUGCUUUCUUGCGCAGCCUUCCAGUGACCCGAGAAGUGUGGACCGGAAUUCAGGGAAUUCAGGAGUUCUUCAACAUCCACGAGGCAGUGCAGCUGGGAGGCAUAGAAGUGAGGAAGAGGGCCAUUCGUUUUCUUUUGGCCCGCAAGCGCUACAUCUUUUGGUAUGAACAAGGACGAGUACCCCCAGGAGAGCUCUUGGAGGAGACAGAGAUGGUGGACGAGUGGCUGGCAGCACACUAUGGUUGGGGUGAACCAACAACUGCCCAACCAAGUGCUGGCCCCAACGACGAAAGUGAUUGGUCUCCGAGUGAAGGCCCUGUGGGGAUUACCGAUGGAAGUGGAGAUGAAAGAGAUGAAAGAGAAGAAAGAAGGGAUGGAGGUGGUGGCACUCGCGAUGAUGGCCCACCACCGGUAGUGACUGAGGAAGUAGCACCAGCUACUGGAUCGUCUUCUACCACAACAACAACCUCUAAAGCCAAAGGGAAGUGCGGUGGCAAAGGACACCACCGUAUGGACCUCAAGGACCCACCUAUGGAUGAUGAAGCGGACGGGCAUGUCUAG